AUGCUUACAAGCAAACGAGUAUAUUAUUGGAAUGGAUCUCUUAAUGAAUUGAAGUCUUACAUCGAAGAUAAUCUGUGUUGGAAAGGGGUAUGGAAGUCUCCUGGUGGUGGCGUGAAACAAUUCGUUAAUAUGAAGUAUUCUUUCAAAUGGCACGGCCCUAAGAAUAAAAUGUUAUCGAUUGUGCAAGAUGAUGAAGAAAAUGCUCUUAGUAAUGCCUUUAAAAGACUAGCUAUAACUGAAGAAGGCAAGUUUGGAAAUCAUGAUAUUGAUUCUGAUCGAGAAGUUGUUAAUAAAACACUGGAAUCUUGUCAGGGUUGUUCUAAAUCGGACAUUGCUGUUGCUGAAUUACAACUUGAUGUCGCCAUGCUCUCAGCAUUAUUACACAAGAAUCAGGAAACAAUAUCUUCCCAAUUUACUCGAAUGCAAGAGCUCGAUGUUUUAAUCCAGAAAUUAAUGUGCAACAACAAGGAAAAGUCGAGCGAACUUCAAGUAAUUAAAGCGAAUGUAUGCGAGUUAAUUAAUGCAAGAGGAAACUACAUUCAGAUAAACAAGGUCGAUGCUCAAACAACGGUUAGCGAAGGUAUACAAAGGUCUGAAUUGUCUGUCCCUGAAGUCAAACACAUGGGAAAUCGCACAACAAUUGCUGAAAGUAUUCAGUUCAACAAUAAUAGUCCUUGUUGUGUGAAAGAUUUUGUCGCAGACGUACGUAUUUUAGACUGUAAGGAAAACGAUAAAAGUAUCUCGGACAUUAGCGUAAUCAUGCAUGAGGAUAAGCGAACAAUAGAAACUAAUCAACCGCAGAAAAACGAAGAUAAAAGGUCGAAAUCUCAUAAUACAAAUUUAUGUAAAAAUACAGUACCUAACCUUUCUUCCGAUGUCCGUAAUAACGAUAAGCAACAUGGCGAUUUAUAUACAUCUAAUACAUCCUUAAAUAACAAUCUCAACAAUGAAGCUCCUAGCCCGCAACGAAAAAACACUAUUAUUCCCGUUCGCAUUACUAACAGAGGCCAUGUAACACCAAAUCGAAGAGAACCCUUUCAAACUCGUAAAAAAUAUGUCAGAAGUUAUGCCCACAACAAUCGACGAUCUUAUGGCGGGCCAUUGGGGUCUCAUUAUGGACCAUUGAGCAGCACGAAUCUGAAUGAAUCUAAUGUAGAUUUUUUUCGUACAGUACCUGUGCGGAAACCGAAAGAUCCCUGCCUAUCCCGGAAAAUAUCGAGAGACAAAAUCCUAUUCUACCGGUUCCAUUACUAG